CCCUUGUGCUCUUCCUACCCAGGCUCCCUCACAGCUACCGGCAGAGAUGUGGAAGGCCUUCGCUCCUCUACUCAUUCUGGUGGUCGCCACUGUGGCGCCACUGACUUCCGCCGGCGAAGGGAAGUACUCCACCAAGUACGACAAUGUCGACCUGGACGAGAUCCUCAACAACGACCGGCUCUUCAACAAUUACAUGGACUGCCUGCUGGACGAUGGUGACGAACGAUGCACCCCAGAGGGUAAGGAUCUGAAGGUUUUCAUUCCGGACGCCUUGCAGACCGACUGUGCCAAAUGCAAUGAUAAGCAGAAAGCCAGAGUCGAUAAAGUCAUCAAGUUCAUAAGAGACAACAAGAAGGACGGGUUGGAGAAACUGAAGGCCAAGUACGACCCCGACGGCACCUAUUUCGAGCACUACGAGCGCCAUCUGAAGGAACAUGCAUAAGCAAGUUGCACCAUAGAGAGCAACAGACACGUAAUCGGACACCUUGUAUUCAGUCUGUCAAGUCUCUUCAGGAGAAGUCACAAAUCGUUGACAACUAAGCAAUAACUACCAUUGAUCAUAUGAUGUUACUUAAUGUCCUUACAAAUGUGGUUACAAUUUCCUUAUGAUACUUGUAGCUGCUGUUGUCAAUUUACUACAUUACGUACGCCGCUAAGAGUUCCAUCAGCGUCUCCAAGUCAAGAUAUCGGAAUAUCAGCUUUUAAAAAUUUAAUUGCUCUAAGAUGUAGUUGUAUUAUUCAAAAUGGAAGUUUUUGCUGUUUUCAUUUCAUUGACUGGAAAUUCUAAGGAGUGCUUGUUUAUCUUAGAAUAAGAAACCACCUAUCGCUAGAGGAUGUAUUUGUCGUACAUCAGCUAAUUUUUAUUGUGUAUCAGAUAUUCAUUUCACAUAUUCUGUUAUAUAUUGUGCUAAAAUGAACUAUUGACU